AUGGACUUUAGCAGAGUAAAAAAUAUUUCCGGAGGUAAAAUAGUUCCACAAUCGGAUCUUCGGGUGGGAACUACCCUGCACGAGGUACAAGUGGUGAAUCCCUGUAGGAAGAGGAAAAAUAGGAUGAUAGGGACAUGGAACAUAAGAACAAUGCGCCAAUUAGGCAAAUUAGAAAACAUUAUAAUUGAAAUGGAAAGAAUGAAAUUAGAAAUACUAGGUUUAUGUGAAACAAGAUGGCAAAACAGCGGAGAUUUCUGGUCAGAGAACUAUAGAAUAAUUCAUUCCCAAGGAAAAAACGGACAAUGCGGAAUUGGUGUAGUGCUUCAUAAAACCUGGGGAAUAAAAGUUACAAAUUAUAUCAUAUACAGUGAAAGAAUUAUUAUGAUCCAACUGGAAGCAGAAUCAAAUGAUCUAUUUGUAAUACAAGUAUAUAUGCCUAUGUCAAAAGCUGAUGACGAAGAAAUUGAGGAAGUAUAUGCUGGAAUAGAAGAACUACUAAAACUCACAAAAGGAAAAGAUAACGUUGUUAUAAUGGGUGACUGGAAUGCUGUUGUAGGUGAAGGAAAAAACGGUAGAGAAGUGGGAAAAUAUGGACUAGGUCAAAGAAACGCAAGAGGAGACCGAUUAGUGGAAUUUAGCAGAGAAAACAGUUUCGUGAUUACGAAUACAUUAUUUAAAGAACACAAGAGAAGACGAUACACAUGGAAAAUGCCUGGCGAUACAGGAAGAUACAAAAUUGACUAUGUACUAGUAAAGAAUCGGUUUAAAAAUCAAGUCAAAUCUUGCAAAACUUAUCCUGGAGCAGACUGUGAUAGUGACCAUCAACUAGUGGGUAUGAAAUUUUGUAUAAAACUAAAAAACAUCGUUAAAGUUGAAAGAAAGCAAACAAACUAUAAUCUCAAAGAGUUGAAAAACGUGGAAGUAGUUGAAGAUCUAAAGAAAAACAUGAAUAAAAUAUACAACAAUAAAGAGGAGCGAAAAGAACCAAUAAACAAAAGAUGGGAGAACAUAAAAAGCGUUGUAAUAAACGCCUCAAGAACCACACUAAGUAGAAUCAAAAAAGCAAAAGAAGAAUGGCUAGAGCAACAAUGUGCUGAAAUAAACCAUCUUUUUGGAACAAAUAGGCUAGAUCAAGCCUAUGGAACCAUUAAAAGUUUCCUCAAAACAAAUAAAACUCGCAAUAAUAAUGUUAAAGACAAGAAUGGUAAAUUGCUCUUGGACACAAGAGAGGUGGUAAACCGAUGGAGAGAGUACCUUGAAGAACUAUAUCAAGGGGAUGAGUUACAAGAUAUCAAUGAAGAAACUGAUGAGUGCUCUUAUGGUGCACCGCUACUAAGAAGUGAAUUUAAUACCAGUUUUAGAGAUUUGAAAAAUAAAAAAACCCCGGGAAUAGAUAAAAUCCCCGGAGAACUACUACAAAACGCAAGUGAAAGCAUAGUAGACGCGAUGUACUAUUUUAUGAAAGAUAUAUAUGAAACAGGAGUAAUACCGAAGGACUUUUGCAACAGCAGAAUUGUAACAUUACCAAAAAAGAAUAAAGCUGACUCUUACGACAUCGUAUUAUUAGCAGAAACAGAGCACGACCUUCAGAGAGCCCUGGCAGAAAUGCAAAUAAUUAUAAAUAAGUAUCAAAUGCGUAUAAAUUCAGCUUUAUACGGCUGCGAGACAUGGGUCAUUAAUGAAAAGGAAAUAAGAUCCCUUGAAGCAUUCGAAAUGUGGUGUUGGAGACGUAUGGAGAAAAUAAACUGGACAGAAAGAGUAACAAAUGAAGAUGUACUGACCCAAGUUGGAGAAACAAGGUCCAUAAUUAAAGCCAUAAAGCGACGACGAUGGGACAUGAUGGGACACGUUUUACAUUUACGCCAUGACGAAGAAUUGCAUCAUACUAUAAUAGAAGGUGCAAUUGAAGGACGUAAACCACCAGGAAGACCAAGAAACUCGUACAUAUCUCAACUGAAAAAUGACGCAGGGAUUGAUACUUACGCCGGAUUAAAAAGACUUGCUGAAGAUCGUGAUAAAUGGAGAGCGAAGUUAAAAACGUUGUAA